GCAUGAGGACACUGUCAAUGAAUGCGAACUGGUCAGAAGAAGAUCUCGGCUUCAUAAAUCUCUGGACAGCUGAUUCAGCUUGGGACAUUAAAGGAGUCGUCUUUUCUGCUUGGACUUAUAACCAACUAGUUUCAGGUCUGCAUGGGCCUUAUUUAAGCUUUCCUCAGAGGAACUGAGUCUAAAAUGAAGUUAUGGGAUGUUUUGGCCACGUGUUUGUUGCUCCUGAGCUCUGUUGCUACAAGGCCUCUCUACCAAAACCCUCAGCCAGCCAAGAGAACUUAUUUUCCCAGAGGCUACACUGAUUCUGGGUCCCUGUCUGUGGAGGAAGUAGAGCCGCAGUUCCAGCGUGAAGACCGCAGCCUGCAGGAAAUCUCUAUGGAGGAUCAGUACGACAUCACGGGCCCCUAUCCGGGGCAGCUUGAUGAUGUAAUGGAUUUUAUUGAGGCUACCAUUGGCAGACUCCGGAGAUCAUCAGAGCCGAGCGGACGAAGGGAGCAGAGACAGAGGGGCGCAUCAAACACAGGAGGUGCAGGAGGAGCAGGGAGGGGAGUAGGACACGGAGACAGAAGGAAGGGUCGGGGGCGUGGGGGGAGUCGAGGUGGGAAAGGAGGCCGGGGCGAGAGAGGGCGGGAGAGGACUUCAGUGCAGACUCGUGGCUGUUUGCUAAAGGAGGUCCAUCUCAAUGUGACAGACUUGGGGCUCGGCUACCGGACCAAAGAGGAGCUGAUCUUCCGGUACUGCAGUGGCCCCUGUGUCGAGGCGGAGACCAACUACGACAAGAUACUCAACAACCUCACUCACAACAAGAAGCUGGACAAGGACACGCCCUCUCGCACCUGCUGUCGACCGAUAGCGUUCGAUGAUGACUUAUCCUUCCUGGACGACAAUGUGGUGUAUCACACAUUGAAGAAGCAUUCUGCCAGGAAGUGUGGCUGUGUCUGACGGAGUCACCUACAGGUCCCAAACUGACAGACAUGACCACUGAUGCAGGGGAUGCAAGAAAUGCAUUUAGAGGCUGGUGCUCCAUCCUAAAACCAGGGGACGUUCUUGGAUAUGGGGCAUUGGGGUAAUGCAUUUGGAUGACAAGGGAGUGAAAGGUCUCUUAACUUUCCUGAUAUGAGUUAAUAGUCAAAUUGAUGCAGCUCACAAAGCAAACAAGAACGCAUGGUAUCCUGGGUGAGUAUAGAGAAAUCAUCUCUGUGAACUUGCAUUAGUCAUAUCAUCUGAAAGACAGCCCAUCCAAAGGAACCUGUUCUUUUUGAUUUUCUGUGUUCAGUCCCCCAGAACCCCAGAGCAGUAUUUUGAUGAUUAAAUCUGACACAUGCAGAAUUGUAUCACAUGUAUACCCAUCUGCAGAUGAAACAGUACUGUUACACUUCCAGAGUUGCCAACCUUGUUUCUUAAAGGUGAGAAUGAGGCAGAACUCUACUCUGAGUAAUCCCAUGUUCAGAUAUUCCCAUGUUUUUCUGGGAGGAGUGUUUCCAGCUAAAGUCCAAAUCACUUCCACAGCGUAGUCUGGAUGUUGACGUUUACAUUCAGAGCCAAGGGAUGAGAAAAACCACAACGGGGUUCAGCAAAGACUUUAUGGUGCAACGC